UAGUGAAACGAUAAUUUGACCUUUAUUAAUUUUAUUUUUUGCAGCAACCAUGUCUGUGUCCUUAAAGGAACUCUGUCAGAUGGUCAAUGUGCCAUAUGAUCAGGCAAGGGCCCUAAUAGAUAGUGAGAGCUCUGAUGGUAGUGAGAGCUCUGAUGGAGAGAGUGUAGAGAGAGAGGAAGCAACAGUGGUGGAGGAUACAGUUGUGCAGGAUACAGUGGUGCAGGAUACAGUGGUGCAGGAUACAGUGGUGCAUGCUGAUUUCUCUGGUGGUCUGGAAGGAGAGGAGGCCUCGCUGCUGGCUGCAGGGCAGGUGCAGUUUGACACAGUUUGCCAUGGUGGAAGCGAAGAGGACCUGGAUGCAGAGAAUUUGUGCUCAGACGCUGAGGAAGAUGCACCUCCAAGGAAAAGACUGAGAGCUGAAAACACCUGGAAGAAAGUCAUCAACAAGAAAAGAAGAAUGGUUGGGAAGUCAUACACUGGAAAACAGAAGCAGAAGGAAAUAAUGAGGGAGCCACGGGCUAUUGGGCCUAGAUGUUUAUCAGCAGCAUGUGCCAAGUCAGCUAAACAUCACUGCAGUGCAAUCGGCGAGCCUGAGCGGAAUAGCAUAUUCAAUUACUUUUGGCAACAUAUGACCUGGGAGGAGAAGAGGAUGCAUGUGCAUGCUCUAAUUGAUGUGGUCCCCGUGCCAAGGAGAAGGGGGACUGAAAAUUCCCGAAGAUCAAAUUCCCUGUUGUUUUUUUUACGGGUCAGCGGGCAGAGAAGAUGCGUCUUCAAAAGUAUGUUUUUGUCUACCCUAGGAAUAGGCGAGUGGUCUGCCCUAAACUGGGCAAAGGAGGGAUACACGCAAGCAGACACUGAGGGACAAACACACAACAACGCACGUCGUUCAGUGGCAGGCCAUGAAUUCAUCCGCAGCUUUUUGCAGGACCUGCCAAAGGUGCCCUCACACUACUGUAGAUCCACAACAUCCAAACAGUAUCUGGAACCUGUGUUUUAG